AUGACUGACCGGCGGGCGUCCGCGGCUCCCUCGCCAAAAAUCCCCCCCGCGCCGCCGCCGCCGCCGCCACCCAAGCAGAAGCAGCGCUCGUACUUUGAGCGUUUCGUUGCGCAACCGCUGACGACUGCCUAUGCUUCGCGACCUCCAAGCGUGCAGACCAAUCGUCCCGAUGGUGGGCCUCCGAACCCGCUAGUCCCGAAGCUUCCCGGCCGCACCGGAUAUUCGCAGGAUGCCAGCCAUAAGACCGGCCUCGACAUCUCUGCCCUCGACAUCAACCGCGAGCGCACGCAUGCAGUCCUCGCUGGCAAGGAGAUUCUCAAGACCGUCCGUGUGCAGGAUGCCAAGAUUGUCGACGAGACCAAUCUGCGUGCUGCUGUGCUCAACUAUGCAGAUUCCCAUGCCAGACAGCGCGAGGGCUUGGGCAUCCAUGACGUGAAGUGGUCGCACGGCCAGUUCAGCUCGCAUAUUGCGACUGCUGCAGCAAACGGCAAGGUCAUUCUCUACGACUUGAACCGCGCGAGCGUUGAGCUCACCCGGUUGCACGAACACAACCGCCAGGUGCACAAGCUUGCAUUCAAUCCGCACCAGGGCUACUUGCUCCUCUCUGCCAGUCAAGAUGCGACUGUCCGUCUGUGGGACCUGCGAGACAUGCGCAGAGAUGUCUCCACCUGUCGCAGCCGAGACCAUUACUCGGGCAUGAAUGGCGGCAUCCGCGAUGUGCAGUGGUCUCCUACUGAUGCUGUAGAAUUUGCCUUUGGCACUGACAACGGUAACAUACAGCGUUGGGACUUUCGGUACAACAAGGGUCCCAAGCAGAAAAUCACAGCCCACGACCAGCGCAUCUGCACGUCUAUCGACUGGCAUCCCGAUGGUAAGCACAUGCUCAGCUCUGGUGUAGAUCGAACCGUCAAAGUGUGGGACUUUUCCCAGGAUGGGCGCCGCCAAAAGCCUACUUGGGUUCUGACCACGCCUUAUCCUGUUCAUAAAGCCCGAUGGAGACCUCCAUACUGGUCCGACGACCACCAGGACCGGGGUGCCUAUCAAAGCACCCAGUUGGCCACGUACUACGAUCGCGAGCAUUCCCCCAUACACGUGUGGGAUUUCCGCAGACCCCACUUACCAUUCCGUGAGAUCAACAAAUUCGCCAGCGCACCCUCCGAUAUGCUCUGGCACUCGCGUGACACCUUGUGGACUGUGGGCAAGGAAGGUGUCUUCCAGCAAAAUGAUGUCCACCACGCACCAAAGACCGUUGAUCGACGUAGCCUGCAGGCACUUGCAGUAUCGCCAAGUGGCGAAUUGAGUGGCGUGGCGCAGAAGCGACCACGACCGCGGCGCUCUGCAAGUCUAGCGUAUACCGACGAUGCGUAUCUGGGCGAUCCACGUGUUCUGCGCGGCAGCCCAGAGAAAGGCAGCAUGAGGAGCUCAGCAGAUGAUAGCUUGAACGAUAGCUUCCUCGCCUCGUCGGUGAAGCGUCAUCAUGGUCGCACUGCCAGCAGCAGGUCGGCCAGAUCAUUUGGCAGCACGCCGCCAUCUGAUUCGGCUCCCAAAGUCAUGUUCCUGACCGAUUCCAUGACUACAACGAGUGAAGCGAUCAAGCCUAACCAGGUUGCUUUUCGUGGUAUUCUGCCCGGUACUGCCAACGUUCAGGUCUUUGCGUACCUGGCCCAAAAGUACAAAAGUAUUCCUUUAUCGGAUCCUCCAGAUUUGCAGGCAUUUGAAGACUUAGAACACGUAUUCGGACAAAAUGCCGAGUAUGCGCAGCGAGCGUCCAUGUAUCGUCUUGCUCAGACAUGGAAUAUUGUCGGAAAGUCCAUAGCUACUGUUACGCGGAACCGUGCAGAGCUACACAGACAGAGCAGACGCUUGCAACGAAAGGCUUUCACGGCAAGCCCACUUGUGCCAGGCAUACGCACCGCAUCGGAGCGACUCGAAGCCCGUAACAAGAACGCGGCGAUUCCGACAAAUCCUGCACUGCGUGCCAUCCUCGGCACACUAGAAAAGACGACUAACAGCCAGUCAGCACCCUCAAUUGAGAGCACAUCUAAUCUUGCGACACCUCUCGCUCGGCCAAUGGCCGUUUCCGCUUCGGCAAAGGGUGAAUCAGGAGCAUCUGAAAUACCUGAUCUGGACCAAGAAGAUAUCAUUGCACUUCCACCUUCUUUGACAGGUGCGCACACUGAGAUCAGCGGAGCCAGCGAUAGACUUGCCGUCCCAAAGACGGCCUUCAAUGGUCCUCAAUGGUACCAAUCUGCCGAUGGUCUCGACGAGCGCCGUGCCCUUGUCGGCAGCUAUCGAGCAUCACCCCGCAUACCACUAAGCCUUGGGCCAAGCAACAAGCCAGGGAUUGACAUAAAUGUUCCGCCGCCAUUGGGGCGCCACGAUUCUGGGGAAAGUUUCACCAUGUUCUCCGCGUCUACAGAUUCCCAAAAAGGCAAUUCAAUGCCAAGCUCAUUCGCCAGCGGCAACUCUCAUCCUCGUAGCAUAGAGUCCGCUGGACAGAAGUGGCGGAUAGGCGCUGAAAAGGCCAGCUUUGGUAAUGCCAGGACUUCAUCCAGCAACGGCUUCACCGAUGUUCUGGGUAAGAGUGUUGAGAUCUCCCCCACUACUGUGCCUCUCGGCAAAAUACCCCCGUACCAAGGCGUCCAACACUCGGUCGGUGAUGUUCCGGAGCACUUGGUCGAAUUCAGUAGCGGUGAAAGAGCUGUGCAGAAUAUGGAACAUUUGCGGCGCAACAAUCAGCUGCUCCGUCACGAUAGCUCCGAGUCGGAGGCGUAUGCAAGCAGCCGAGGCGAUAGUACUUCUUCCUUUGAGUACAAUCCCGAAAUGGAUGCAAGCGGUACGAUUGUGCCGGAGGGACCUGAGGACAGCGCACCUCCAGUACUUGAUCCAUCAGGCGAGGAUGCGUUGUUGCUGUCAGACUAUCAGGCUAUGCAUGUUGAUGCCGAGGCAGGAUCGGCUUACACCAUCGUUGGCCUCCUUAACAAACUUCUCGCAUUCCAUACUGUCGCACAGUCCGAUGCGCAAUUCUCAUCAAUACUGCUACUGCUGCUAGCGCCAUUGCUACCGCAGACGCACGGGCCGACAUCGACCACCGACAUCGAUGUUGGAGACGUUCUUGCGGCGUUCUCUGACACUUUCAUCUCACUGGGUCUGACUCCCACGCAAGCAAAGGCAGUUUUAUCAACCCAACUGAGCCAAUUGAUCGCAACAGGUAUCAAUCCUUACCAAGCAGAGUCGAUCCUCCACACAUACCAUGCACAAUUGCACGGUCUGUCGCUGUUCAAUUCCGCAGCAUCACUUCGACGCCUGUCGUAUCCCGCCUAUCCUGCCGUAUAUGAACAAGCGCUGAAAGACACUCAAAUUGGGCUACUCUGCCUCAGCUGUAAAUCGCCCAUCAACAAUCCCAAGGACAAGAUGCGUUGCGAGUCAUGCAAGCGUGCUCAAGCACCGUGUCCUAUUUGCUGGGCCAAGUAUCCGGCUUUUGAACCCAUCACCGCACAGAAAAAGACCAAACACAAGAUUCGCUCUAGCUUCAAAGAUCGUGAUCAUCGAAGGAAACGAUCCUCGCUCAUGUCCAAUCAGGCGGUGGAUCUGGACAUCCUCCAUGCUGCUGACCACCCUUCUCCAAGCGAGCCGGAGAAUUGGUCGCCGCAUAAAGCAACGCUGUGGACAUGGUGCUCGCUAUGCGGGCAUGGCGGACACACAAAUUGUCUCUCGACAUGGUUUGCUGACCCUCUGCUAUCGGACGGUGCAUGUGCGACUGAAGGCUGUCUGUGCGAUUGCGUGCGAGGCAAACGCCGUGACGAGAAGAUUGAAGAAACGCUACGCAUGAAAGCAGCAAAGGAGCGCGCCAAACCCGUCCGCAAAGGCGACGACUGGAAAGUCAAAGAAAGUAAAGCUGUAUCAGAGGUACGUCGCGCUGCUCUCGACGACGACGCUUCUACACAGGCUUCUUCUCAGACGCCCAGCUCCAUGCACAACAACACCAAGAGACUCCGUGAAGACAGCGUCGGCAAGAGAGUACGAGUCGUCGAACCGUCAGCUUCUGCCAAGUUACCGAAAUAG